AGAAGAAGGGGAGUGAAAAAGUUGGUCAGGAUUGUUUGACGGAAACCUAAUCCGGUGGCGUUUUCUAAGCAGAAACAAGGGGACUGAGCACUUAGUUCCAACCUACCUCGGUUGGUGCGUUUCGAUUUGUGAACUGCUCACGCAAGUGAAGGCCCACAGUGACAUGCUUCGAUGCGAUUUUUAAUCCCGACCAAACACUUAUUUAGGGAUUUUGCUCGAUCGAUCGAUCGAUCAUUGAACUGAACUUGCAGAGGAUCUGGCGAUGGGGAGGUCGCCGUGCUGCGAGAAGGAGCACAACAACAAGGGCGCCUGGACGAAGGAGGAAGACGAGCGCCUGGCCGAGUACAUUCGCGGCCACGGCGAAGGCUGCUGGAGAUCGCUUCCCAAGGCGGCCGGCCUUCUACGGUGCGGCAAGAGCUGCCGCCUCCGCUGGAUCAACUACCUCCGCCCCGGCCUCAAGCGCGGCAACUUCACCGCGGCGGAGGAAGAGCUCGUCGUCAAGCUCCACGGCCACUUCGGCAACAAGUGGUCUCUUAUCGCGAGAAGAUUGCCCGGGAGAACGGACAACGAGAUCAAGAACUACUGGAACACGCACAUGAGGAGAAAAUUACUAGACCGGGGAAUCGAUCCGGCGACCCACCGGCCGAUCCACGCUCCGGCAUUGGACUUCACCGUAAGUUUCUCCAAGAGCGAAGACGGGCAGAACGGGAAGGUAGCGAUCAGCAGCAGAGAGCAGGGGCCGCGGCGAACGCACGAUGAGUUCAGGUGCCCUGACCUGAACCUCGACCUGUGCUUAAGCUCUCCGUCGACGGCGACGACGGCGGAUGCGUUUGCAGGGCUGAAAUCUGGAUUCUUGAAGUCGAAAAUUGAGAGUAACUGAGACAAACUAAAAGGAAUUGGAAUAAAUAAUCUUCUCAAAACUAAAAGAUAGAUCGAUCAAUUCUAUUUCUGUCGGCUAUUUAUCAUCAUACUGAUCCCAAUUGAAUUUGGUUAAAUUAAAUAGGAAUAGGAAUGAGAAAAAUUGGUUAAAUCUAAUUAAAUUCGAAAGUUCGGUCGCAUU